AUGCCUACAUCCGGUCCUCCUCAAAGACUAUCCCAGCUACCAGCCAGACGGCCUCUAACCAGCAGACUGAAUGAUGAAUCUCGAGACACACAAGCCGAAGAGACUGAGCCAGAGCCACAUGACCGUCGCAGACAGACCUUCAGCACACCGUCAACACGAUACGGAUCACCCCCUCCCCUUGCUCCCUUCUCUCCACCAUAUCCCCACACAUCAACAACAAGUUUUCUUGCCCCACCACCCAAGAGACGCAACCACCGAAUCACCCUCUCGACUCUACUCAGCAAACGCAAACGACACACAACCCUCCGCCACCGCGCAGAUCAGAACCGGAAUACAUCUGGCCACCAACAGCUCCAGCAACAAAACAAUGCCAAAGUCACCCAACAAUGCCUUUCUCCAAACAAAGGACUCUACCGCGCCAAGGGGCAGGGGAUUUCUCCCCCGUCGUCAACAUCCUCAAAGAAUCUUCCAAACCGGGUAGCUGCGUCUCCGGACAAAGAGAACCUCCCCCCAGAAGAUGAAAAGCUCCUGCACAAAGGGCCUAACAACGACGACGAAGGGGCUGCCGAUGAGAUGCAUAAAGAUGUGGGUGGGGCCGGCGGUUGUUCGCAACCUGCACCUGUGUCUGGAUCUACAUGCAGGGGUUGUGCUCACAGCUACUGCGACUGCGACUGCGACUACAACUACGGCUACAGUCACGACUACGACUACGAUUACGGCUACUGCUACCCCUCCGAUUCCUGGGGAGACAGUCCCCCAACGCAGGUGGUGUCGACACGUUCACCAUCGCGAACAGCAACAAUACCUUCAGAUGAGAUCUGGUGGUGGAAUGAUACUGACAACGAGAUGAGGGCAGGUACGACGAGGGGCUCGAAUGGGUUGACGACGACGACUAGGCUUUAUAAUCGCCAACAACCGCCGCAGCAGGAACAGCAGCCGGAGCAGGCCCAGACCUUCACUUCCACCUCCCAGGGGUUAGUAGUGAGAAGGCCGCUGAACAAUGGAGCUGAAGAACGAAGGAAAGCGCGACCAGGAAGUCUCCUCGCUCCUCGGCGUCCUUCUGUUUCCACCUCUACUGCGCUGCGCAAGUCCUUCCCUUCAGCCGCCACCAAUACUCGUAGUCGACUAUUCGACGGGACGAUAUCCUCGCGGUCCAAGAUGGUCGGCGCACCACCAGCAAUAACGGCUGCAACGAGGGCCACAGCAGCGCAAGAGCCCCGAAGAGCGUCGGGCAUCAAUCCCACCCCGCCGAGAAGGGUGCGAUGGACGAGCAAGUUUGAGAAUCUGCGCGCUCAGGGUAACAGAGAGCAAUUGCAGCCGCAGCCGCAGUUGCAGCAGACGAGGACAAAGAGAGAAUCGACGGGUCUGCGUGCAGCACCUGCGCCUGCUCCUGCUCCUGCACCCGCGAUAGGUUCAAGGAGGGAGUCUUUCAGAAGGAAUUCGCAACUCGUUCCUCCUCCUCCUGCUGCUCCACGGCUACCAUCAUCCUCGAUAGGACUGAAAAGGGAGCCCCCACGAAGGAAUUCGCAACUGGCCCCUCCUGUUGUUGCUCCUGCACAGCUCUCAUCAUCUGCGAUAGGACCGAAGAGAGAGUCUAUACCAAGGAACUCGCAUUUAGCUCCUCCUCCUCCUCCUCCUCCUCCUCCUCCUCCUCCUCCUCCUCCUCCUGCUGCUGCUGCUGCUGCUGCUCCACGGCUACCAUCAUCCUCGAUAGGACCGAAAAGGGAGCCUCUACGAAGGAAUUCACAACUGGCUCCUCCUCCUGCUCCUUCACAGCUACCAUCAUCAUCGCCCCCGAGGUUACGAGCCACACAGGCCCAAAAGGAAGAUAGUCGUGGUAGUGGUAGUGGCAAUAGACCUGGUUCCGUUAGGGCUGCGCCUCCUGCACCCAGAACAGCACGACCACCAGCAAGACCACCACUAGCAACAGCAACAACAGCCCACCGCAAACCCACCGUAACCGUAACCCAGCACCCCCAACAACCACUCCGAAGAAUUACCCUCCACCGCGUCCAAGAAGAACAGAAAAAACAGUUGCUCACCCCAACCCGUGCUCCCCCAGCCGCCAAUACCAGCGCCAGUACCACCACAACCCCGCGCCGCAGCUUCACCCACACGCGCAUCGCCUCCCUCCCCUCGAUCUUCAAAUCCCUCAACCGCCCCAAACUCAUUGCGGACCCGAAGUCCUUCGCCCAGGUCUGGGAAGCCCGACCGUCGACCUACUGGCUGGGCCGGUUCGUGACCCUGACCAAUGCAUUCCACUACGAGGAUUCGUUCCGGCAGCCCGACGCAGCCACGGGAUCUCCUGGGAUGCUUUCGAGCUACCCGCAGCGGCCGCUGGCGGGGCCGGAUGCUGCUGCGGUGGACACACAUGCGGACGCGGACGCGGACGACGGGGAUCUGCCGAAUUCCCGCGUCAAGCGGGCGUUCAUGCUGCUUGAGAAUGUCUGUGUGACGGACGAGGCGAGUGGGAGUUUGCGGAGGUUUCGGGAUGCGUAUGUGGUUAAGUUUGGGGAUCGGUGGAUGGAUUGA